AUGGAGAUGCGCUGGGCGAUGCAAUCGGACAAGAACAUCGUCCUUGUGGCUGAAACAGACGAGCGUCACGGCAAGCCCGUACUGGGCGAGCUGAUCGAGCGAUGCCCAGAGGACUUGAGGAAUCUCUUUGAGGAGCACGUGAUCAUCCCUUGGUACCGUGAUCCUGAUCUGCGAUCUGUAUGCGUGACGAAGAUCCUGAAGAAAUGCGUCUUCGAAGUGGAUGCAGAGAAAGCCUCCAUCAGUUCAAAGCUUCAGCGGCCGCUGAUGUUCAGCAACAACGAC